UUAAGCCAUUGACGUACUAAUUAUUUCGCAUUAAACGUUCCCGUAUAUGCGUAUCUUCACGAAAACUUUGAAUCAGAUAGCUCGCAAUUGGGACAAUUUUUCCAAAAUUCCCACAGUUCUCAUUUAGAGUAUCGUUUAUUUGCGCGAGGAUUUGGAAGGAACGACGAUUAACAAAACGUUUACAUUGAAGAAACGGCCACAAUUUCGCAUCGCUGACAGACAGUUGUACACGGUUAUAAGUUGAUACGUGGCAUGGAAAUCAAUUAAUACCGAAACGGUUCAUAUCUUUGUGUAUCUUUGCUUGCUUCUUUAUUUCGUGCAUUAAUAUCUCUCGAUGACAACGAGGAGAUUCAAAGAAAUUAUCCGAAAAUGAGACCGUGACACGAAAAUUAUAGCGGAGUUUUAUGUAAUCGAGUGCGAUAAUUGAGGCAGUGGAACGCGAUAAAGCGUGCAGAUUGCAGCCGGAGGAACGUUUACGAUGGGAAAUCGGAGAACUUGGUUAGCGCGACAUGUUUUCGACAAGUGGCGGCGUCGACGACGAAUAAAUAAGGAGACAAGAACGUGUAAUGACCCACACUCGAUUAUUGCGAAGCAGAAAGAGAUAGGAGUGCUUCUCGCGGUGAAGAACAGGCGAGAUAAAGACGAGCAGAUAGAAAAUAUGGCCAUGAUAUUUACUAACGCGGCCUCCACGUGAAAGUGCUCGGUCUUCGUUUUGCGCUGUGCUCGAGGAGCGCGUACGGUGUCAUGUAACGGGUGACAUGACCGAACCAUUUCAAGAAAAACAAGAUCAUGCCCGGCUCGUUUGGAAAUGUCACGUUUCAAGCGUUAUCCAGUCUCGAUGAGAGAUAGUAUUCAUUUAUUCCAAGGAUUCUGCGACUACGUUCAUCCUGAUGGCUGCUACACCUGGUGUACUGAAGGGCAACUACGAUGUGCCUACUACAGCAAAAAUAGGACGGUCGAGUUAAGAGGGAUUCCUGUAGGAUGGAAUUUGACCUAAAUAUGAGAAUCGCUUUGUAGAAACACGGACUCCCUUCCUUAACAGCUGUUGGUAAAUUCUCGGUCACGGUACGAGAAUGAACAAUUACGUAGAUCGCAGAAGGCCGCGGACAGGUGGUUCGAAGAAGCCGAGGACUGGGUCCAUUGUAGGAAAUGACCAUGACGAGCGUGGCUGUCGCCCCGGGUAGCCUCGGCGCACCUCCAUCUGUGCUCACCCCGAAAAUGUAUCAUCUACAGCAGGGGUUAAACCCAACAUCGGUCUCACCUACUCCCGGAAAGAAUUACGACACGCUGAGCAAAGGGAAGAAAUCGUGGAGUGUGAGACUGGGUCUGUCGCGACAGAAUCAAAGCACCGAUGAUCCUGGCAAAGUGUGGGGAACGAUAAGCGGCGGCAGCGGAAUAUCGCGUCAAAUGAUCUACGGGGAUCCAUGGCUCUAUGGUACGGUUCGGUCUUCGAGACCUGGACACGAGCCACGAGGCUUCAUGACACCACCGCCUCCGCCGCCACCGGGAGCACCAGUAUUGGUAGUAUGUUCCUGUCCGGAAUUUCUCAGUGGAACCACCCGGAAAUUCGGCAAUUGCCGCAAGUGCGGUGGUCACCGAUUGGCUGGUGUACCUUUAGGAGGAACAUGUCGGCUACCACCGGUUUCCUCGAGGUCGAGGCCCAGCCUCGCCGGAGUGCUGAGGUCAUCGAUAGACGAUCCGUACGACCUGAUGCGUCGGAAUCGACUAGUGGAGCCGAGGACGCGGGCACGCAGUAUUUCGCCGCACCGACCGUUGUCUCAACGCGAUUCUCGGAGCCAAAGUAUGGCGCGGAACACGAAAGAGCGAAAGGGCUCGAUCGAAGGUACUUCCUCGAAAUCCGAAUGGUUCGACAAAGAGGCGAGCGCGAGCUACGAGGACACAGGACGCAAGCAACGUGCGAACUUCAUUGGCGUGUCCACGGACGAAUGGCUCGAGGAAUCGCCACUGCUGGCGGAUUCGCGAAAUCAAUCGAUCUCGACGACCGCUGUCAGGCUGCUUCGAAUUCCGAAAAAGGUGAAAAGCGCGAAGAACGAUUGGUCGGAUUGCUCUGUGGUGAAAACACCGGAAACCAGUCAGACGAAAAGCAACCAUCAAGAUGACUGGAAAGAGAGGCCGUCGAGCGCCUGUGAUUCAAGAAAGAGCAUCCUCGUGUGCGACGUAAAUCCCUAUUUGUUGUUGAAGAAACAAAAGGACGAGGACGAUCUGAGCGACGACCUGUCGGACAACGCCCUCGAGCAGGAUGACGCGAGGCCGCUUUCCAGCCUGUUCGAUCCCUCGAAAGUGAAAUCGAUCGAGAGGAUACCGAACAGAAGCGCGGUCGCCGCGAUCGGUGGCCAGAGAAUAAGGGUGUUCAACGAGCCACGAGAAAUCUCAGACGACGAGGAAGUUGCACCGGUCACGAGGAUUCCCAUACCAAAGGUUUCACCGAAGCGACCACCGAGAAGGUUGAAGGAAGCCAAACAAACGCUGAAGAGUAUUCUGAAGCGGGGGAAGGUGCUCGAGACACGUAGGAAGAACGUGCUGUUCAACGUCGACAAUGUUAUAUUCGCGCCCGAAAAACCGUCCGAAGUAACGCGACUAUCCUGGAGCAGAAUCGGCAGGAUCGCGAGCUGCGGCUCACCCAGGGAGCAACCGAAUAAUGACGAGUCGGAGGAGGGUGAGGAAGAGGAAGAGGAAGAGGAAGAAGAAGAAGAAGAGGAGGAGCCAGUAACUGUAUCAUCGCACGAGCAGAGAGAAAAGUAUAAUUUCAUCACCAUUCCGAAUAUCAAGGAUCCAAAGGUGGAUAGAGUUCGACCGAAGGAACCUAGAAUCUCGCAGCAUGUGUGCCAAAAUCCUAUUAACCCUGUUGAAGGAAUUAAGGUAGAUAAGUUCGUAUCCUCUUGCGAUGCGGAACGUGUUGCCUCGAAGAAAAAAGAGAACGUCGAGGUACAACGGCGGAGCGAAGAUAUCGUUCCACGAAACUUCACUGAUCAAACUGUUCACUCGUCGAGACGCGAGAACGCGAAGGAAGAGAACGAAGAAAGGAAAAGGAUAGAGGAGACGAACGAGAUCAGAAUGAAGAAAGACACCGAAUCGCAGAUCAAGAUCGAGGAAUGCAAGGAUCGUAUUCCAAGCAUCGCCGUAGACGAAAAGGACCUGAUAUUGAAGUCUGAGGAAAACUCCAAAAAAUCAUCUUUAUCACGCAGCCAAAGCGAACGAUCGUUUAACAGACCAGAGGUAUCAGCUGGCGAUGUGCUUUUUAUGGAUACCAUGCGCCUCAGCCUGUGUAGAAGAGUGAAAGAAUCGUCGCCAGGUUCAAACGAGCAAACGAUUCGACAUAAAGAUUCAAUCGAAUCUACGACAACGACGAUAAAAGAUUCGGACUUGAAGGAAGAGACUGAUUCGAUUAAAAUAGAAUGUCAAUCGGAAUUAUCAAACGCAAAAGAAAUCGAAGAAGUUCCUACUGAAAGUAUAAUUAAGCCAGAGAUGGAACCUUCGAUAGAAAUUCAAAGGAAUUUUGAUGGGAACGGCGAUCAUUUCCGAGGAAUGAGGCCAACAAGUUGGUCUCCUCCGCCUGGAAAACAGAAACAUCGUUACAAAAUCAGCGAUUCUGAUGCGAAACUGAAAAUCGUGAAUAAUACCGAAUCAGAACGAAGCAGUCCACUGUUGAAGACCACCUGGAGCACAUCGAAUUCGUACGGAUCGUCGAAAAUCGAGAUCGGAUCACCGACCAUGGAAAACAACGUGUAUAAAAUUACAGUCAGUCCCCGAGCUUCGCCUCUUAUACAUCGAUUGCAGAUAGGCCCAGGUACUAAUGGGUCGAGAAGAACGUCGAUUUUAAUCAACGGUGACACAACCCCUACCGCUGAAACAUCGCCGGACAACAAAGUGACCAUCAGCGUCGGUGGAGAAGACAGCGUUUACAAUCCCACGGUGAUCUCGGUAAACUCGGAAAAUUUGCCACGAAUAAAGAGUUCUAGCGAAAAUCGAACGCUUGUGAUCUUAGACAACUACAAGUCAAACAUCGUGGUCGAAUCUGUCAAAGAAAACGACAAAGAAGAUAUAAAAUCAAAACCGUUAAAUGCCACUGAAUCGGAAUCUAUCGAACAGACCGAAUAUUCUCGAAGAAACAACGAAACCUCGUCCGAGAAUAGAAUAGCGUCAAGCGUCCUAGAAACGUCAAGGGACUCUGAGAAGCAAAUGAGAUCAAAUAUCGAAAGUAAAACUUCUACCACGGAGAAGAGUGGUAAGUUUUACAUAACGAACGAACGAGCGACACGAACGGAACAAACAACACAGCAAAAAGAUGCGGAAAAUUCGUCGAAACUUUUGGGACUGUCGAAAGAGGCACUGAUCUCGAAACUGCUCGAGGAUUCCCUAAGGAAGGCAAGAAAAAAUGGAGAGAUCCUCGACGAAGACAGCGGCGAAGCUAUUUUGAAAAUACUGAAGCAAAGUUUGCUGAAGAGCAAGGAGUACGAGAGUUCCGAGUCGACUCUCGAGGCGAAUUACUCGAGAACAUCCAGCUUAAAUUCGGAUGGCGAUUUCAUUUCAACGAAUCUCUUCCUUGAGGAGAAUCCCUAUGAGGUAAUCAAGGAGCCCAUUUACGAGGAGAUUCCCGACGAACCUCCGCCUCUGCCACUGAGUCCGCCACCCACGGAGGAUUACAUAAAAGACAGAAUAUAUUUCGGUGACAUCGAUUACUAUAGAAAAAGUAAUUCGGAUCAGUUCCUUGGAUCCUACUUGACGGACAAUGUUUUCAAAAAAUCCGAGGAUGUUGCUGAAACGUAUUUGUCGAAGAGUCCCGAGGACUUCUUCAAGAAAAUGUCUACGUCGCCAGAAGAAGAGAAUAUCUCAAGUAAAUUCGAAUUGCUUAAUUACCUUAUGGACUCGAAGGAUCAAGCAACAUCCAUCGAAGAGGAAGAUGACGACGACGAUGAAGACGAAGAAGAUACGGAGGGAGAUCUUGAAGCGCUGUAUGAGCAAAAAGAGACCAGCCUCGGCGAUCUUAGUUCGAAGAGUUCACAGAUAUCCAACGUUUCCGAUAGCAGUGAGGAAUGCAAUAUUAUAUUGACCAGCUCAUCGGAAACAUCAAAAGUAAGAGCCGUAGAUAUAGAAAGAACUGAUAGCGGAGUGGGAUCAGAAAGCAGUCAAGCCAGCAGCACUCGGGGCGUGCCAAGACGUUGGAGGGCAGGAAAUGUCUCUUCGGGACCAGGAAGUCUCCUCAGUGGAAUCCCACAAGUGAUUUCCGGUGAUUCAAAGCACUGCGAGGACUGCGAACAACGUUUGGAUCCUUUAAUAACAGACAGUGGUGUAGUGUACGCCCCUUUCGUGUGUAGAAAAUGCUCUAAAAAGAGAAUAGAGCGCAAAGAAAUCAUUACAGAGAUUGUAGAGACUGAACAAAAGUACGGAAGAGAUCUACAAAUUAUUCUCGAAGAAUUUCACAGACCUAUGCUAAGGGCUGGGCUUCUCACAUCCGAGCAGCUUGCAGCGAUUUUCCUCAACGUAGAAGAACUUCUCGAACACAACCUUGUACUCGCAGAAAAAUUAAAAGAUGCCGUGGAAUUUGCUCAGGAAUCCGGGGAUGAAGAUCUUCUAACAGUAGAUGUAGGAAAAAUCUUCCUGGAAUCUGAGCGGAUGUUACAUGCAUUUGAAAGCUAUUGUACCCGUCAAGGAAGCGCAAGCUUAUUAUUACAGAAUUUAGAGAAGGAAAAAGAACUACUGCGAAUUUUUCUAAAGGUUUCACAAAUGGAAAACACUGUUUUACGUAGAAUGAAUUUGAAUUCCUUCCUAAUGGUUCCCGUUCAAAGAGUAACAAAAUAUCCUCUCCUGUUGGCUCGAUUACUGAAAGCUACACCUUCUGUACGACCAGACAUACAAGAAGCAAAAGAAAGUCUAAAACAAGCUCAGGCUACCAUAGAGUUACAUUUAGAACAUAUGAAUGCUGAAGCAAAGGAUGUAACUUCGACAAAGCUUUGGAGAAGAAUUUCAAUUAUUCAGAAUGGUAGACGACCUAUUGGUGAACAGGAUAUGGUGAAUAUAAAAUUAAGGAAGAUGGCCGUAGAAGUAUUAGAAUGGGCUCAUGAAGAAGCAAAAUUUGUAUUAGAAGGACGUCUUUUAGUUGCUCAGCCAACAGAUAACAAUUGGAGACGCGGGCGUACUGUCAAGCUUGCUCCUGUAACUGCCAUGUUGGUUACUAAUGGCAAGCCAAAUGCAGAGGACCUUGAAUUUAACGACGAUUCUCUCUUUCCAAGACACAUUGGUAUCAAGGAAGCUACGUUAUUGCUAGUUAAAGAAAAACUUGGACGUUAUUCAUUAUUGCGCGAACCGUUGUAUCUGGAUAAGUGUAUAGUAUGUUGUGAAACAGACCUUGAAGAUUAUUUCGAAAUUCAAGAAUUAUCAUCAAAGGAAACUUUUAUAUUUAAGGCCGAAGAUGGCGCCAGAACAAAGAGGUGGUGUAGGACGUUACAAACACACGCACAAUCUCUUGGUGCAUGGCGUAAACGUCGUGGAGCGCUGCCAAAUAUCAUGAUAUGCGGUGUCGCGAGAAAUUGAUGAAGAAACGACACAAUUAAAUAUAAAAGUAGAAUCUAAAUUUACAGGUAUUAUUUAAAGGUGAUUGUGAUUCACUAAACACGCACGAAUAAGUUCGUGCAAUCGAUUAAAAUGACGUAUGAUCUCCAGAUGAAUUAGCAGUGAUUUAUCAAGGAGAAUAUAUGUGUUGGACCAAAAGAUUUCCUCUGCUCAUUGGUGGUAUGUAUCAAUGAGUAAUAUGAAAAUCUAACUCUUGCCGUGCGCAGACUAUUUUGCGUUCGGUUACAGUACGUUGCAGAAACUUAAGUUUCCUACGUCGCUGUAGCCAACACGUUGUACAACAUUAUAUAACGUCACAAAUUGUUCUGUUUUUCCCUUCUCCCGGAUACCGCAACUACAUGUAUACCGAAUGAGUAAUUGCCCACGCGUAGGACUAUUUAACAUUUGCAUUGAAGCUAAAAGAGCAGAGAGUAGCUGUGAUACUGACCGGUGUAGUAUUGGGUACUUUUUAUCAGAUUACAUCAAAUACUGCAGUACGAAUCGAGCUUUUAUUUCUAUGUAUUUUUAUAAAGACACUUAAUUUUCCCGAAAAUAAAUUGAUAAUAAUGUACAUAAUUU